ACACUCUUUUGGAACAGUGUUUAUCUGAAACAUGGAGUCCGUAAAGAAAAUUGCAAAAAAGCAAAAUAAUCAGUUCAAAACAAUAGAAGUAAAUAGGGAGAUACCGCUCGAAAUUGAUGAAGGAAAUUUAUUAGCUAUGGAUAUUGUUCCUGUGAGUUCUGAGAAGUCAAAAUCGACUCUAGAACAAACUUUGAUAAAAUUAUGCAGGGAUAAUACUCAAUUGUUGCUCAAUAAAAUAUGGGAGUUGCCAAUUGAACGAGUAGAUUCUUCAGUUGUCGCCAAUUUACCAGACGGAAAAACUAUAAUUCCACGUGAAAAGCCCAUUCCCAAGCCUAAAGAAGAAACCAAAUGGGAGAAGUACGCUAAAAUUAAGGGAAUUCAAAAUCGGAAGAGGUCUCGAAUGGUUUGGGAUGAAAAAGCUAAAGAUUGGAAACCUAGAUGGGGAUACAAACGAGCUGACGAUGAAAAAGAAGACUGGGUACUAGAAGUGCCAGAAAAUGCUGAUCCAAUGGAAGAUCAAUUUGAAAAACGAUCUAAAGCUAAGAAAGAGAGAGUAGCUAAAAAUGAAUUGCAAAGAUUACGAAACUUAGCAAGAGCUACUAAAGGUAAAAUUCCAGGCGUUGGUUUAACGCCUACAGACAAACCAGAUAAGGAUUAUUUAUCUAAGGCGUUGACCGUUGCAAAAAAGUCAACAGCGUCCUUGGGGAAAUUUGAUAAAAAACUACCAAAUGAAAAAGAAGGUCGUAGAACAAAGAGAAAAUUUGAAUCUAAUCUAGAGAAUUUGGAAUCUGAAAAGAAGAGAGCAUUGGACGUUAUAUCGAAAAUGGGAAAAAAUAAACCUAUUAUGAAUACAAAUAAAGCUACAAAUAUAAGUAUACGAGACGAGCAAUUGGCUAAAUCAACUGAAAAGAAAUCUAAAAAGACUCCAAAAAAGAAUAAAUCAGCAGAUGGAAAAAAUAAAAAUAAAAAGAAAUUUGGCAAAAAAAAAUAAACAAACACUAAAACAAGUAUAAAUAACAAUAAAAUAAGUGCAUAUAUGCAGUAUAUAUAUAGAUAUGUAUAUAUAUAGUGUAUACAACUAUUGUUUAUAAUUAAGUUUACAGUUAAAUACACCACUUGUUAGUGCCCUAAAAGGAUGA